AUGGCCUCCUCAACUAGUACUCUACCGCUUCAUAUGUACAUUAGACCUUUAAUUAUCGAAGAUUUGGAACAGAUCUUAAAUCUAGAAGGUCAAGGUUUCCCGCCAAACGAAAGAGCUUCGGAGGAAAUCAUCAGCUUCCGUCUGAUCAAUUGUCCAGAAUUAUGUUCCGGUUUGUUCAUCAGAGACAUCGAGGGCAAAGAAGUCAAAAAGGAGACCUUAAUUGGGCAUAUUAUGAGUACCAAGAUACCCGAUGAGUACAUCACCAUUGAAAGCAUGGGCAAACUACAAGUGGAAUCCAGCAACAAUAUCGGUAUCCACUCCGUGGUUAUCAAACCAGAAUUCCAAAAGAAAAACCUAGCUACUUUACUAUUAACCGACUACAUUCAGAAAUUGAGUAACCAAGAAAUCGGUAAUAAAAUCGUUUUGAUCGCUCACGAGCCAUUGGUACCAUUUUACGAGAGAGUUGGUUUCAAAAUCAUUGCUGAGAACACCAACGUUAGUAAGGAUAAAAGUUUCGGCGAACACAAAUGGAUCGACAUGGAAAGAGAACUAAUCAAAGAAGAAUACGACAAUUAA